ACGGAAAGUGGGAAAGAGAAGCGCGCGCCUUUUGAUUGUGGAGGAACAAAUUUUUGGAAAACCGAUCAACGGAUCUUCCUUAUUGUCGGUCUAAAGAACCGUCAGUUGAUUAAAAUUUUUUCUAAACUCAAAUUGUGAAUUUUUAUCGUUUGCCGGAAUUACCAUCUUGUAUUAGAGUGUGAGCAAAUUAGCAAGCUGUGGAGUUUGAAAAAACUGUGUGAUUGAGCAACUGAGAACGGUCUCCCAGAAGUUUCUCGAUUGUACAGAUUUUGCAGUGAACAAGCGGGCACAAAUUUCUGAACGAUUUCAAGGUGACAGCUGCUAAAAAGACGCCAGUAUACUGUAAUCGCAACCUCAAUCACAUUUGAAUUUCCGAAGCGUAUACUUUGCUAAAGUCGUAACGAUGGCCGAAAGUGAUAUGCCAACGUUUAAGUGCGUCCUGGUAGGAGACGGAGGUACCGGUAAGACCACAUUCGUGAAACGCCAUAUGACUGGCGAGUUUGAGAAGAAAUAUGUCGCUACUCUCGGUGUCGAAGUGCAUCCUCUGGUAUUUCACACUAAUCGAGGGGCAAUACGAUUCAAUGUUUGGGACACGGCAGGACAGGAAAAGUUUGGCGGACUGCGAGAUGGUUACUAUAUUCAAGGUCAAUGUGCCAUUAUCAUGUUCGAUGUGACGUCCCGAGUAACGUAUAAGAAUGUCCCUAACUGGCACAGAGAUUUGGUGCGGGUAUGCGAAAAUAUUCCGAUUGUUCUGUGCGGAAACAAAGUAGACAUCAAGGAUCGUAAAGUGAAAGCAAAGGCCAUUGUGUUUCACCGAAAGAAGAAUCUACAGUACUACGAUAUUUCCGCCAAGUCAAAUUAUAACUUCGAGAAGCCAUUCCUGUGGCUGGCCCGCAAACUAGUUGGCGAUCCGAACCUGGAAUUUGUUGCCAUGCCUGCCCUGCUACCGCCAGAGGUCAAAAUGGACAAGGACUGGCAGCAACAGAUCGAAAAGGACUUGCAGGAGGCGCAAGCCACCGCGCUACCGGAUGAGGAUGAAGAUCUGUAAAUGGCAGGACACCACACAUAAAUUAUACAUUAGAAAUCGAAACCAGCAAAAAAAAAACAAACAAGAAACCAAGCCUGAUUGAAAACAGAAACGCAAAAAGUGCGUAGCAAGUGAAUCCUCUGCAAAAGAAUUAAAAUUAACGCUCGUUUAUCAUUUAAGCAAAAUAAAAUUAAUCUAAUGAUAUGAGAAGUAAUUAUUAAUAAUUGAGUAUGAUCGAACGAAGUUGAGGAAAAGUUUAACUAGAAGAGCGAUCGUGUCCAUCGUUUUCUUUUUUGUUCGAUAAGGAAAGACGGUGAAUAAAGUACAGAAGCGUGGCAAGAUUAGACCAUCAUAAAUUGGUUGCAUUCAUUGCAACACAUUCAUUAUUAAAACUGUUACUUGCGCGAAUACCUCUUUAUUCUUGGCUCUUGAAAGCCAAUAAAUUGUUGUUCAUUUUGUUUAGUUAUUUUGGUUUAAAACACCAAGAGAGCAACUGUACUUGCGGUUGUCUGUUCUUUGUACUAUUGCAAUGAUCAUUUCGUCAAGUACUUGAUUCUAGUAACUUCAUGAUAUUUGUGUGUAUUUGAAUUACGGCAAAUGCUAUUCGAAAGGAAACCAAACUAAAAUUAAUGUAAAUUAAUUUAUACAAAUAUAUAUUGUUUCCAUGUAACACACUAAAGUUUCUUUACCGUUAUUUUUCCGUGUAUCCAGGACAGUUUGGUACAUUGGCUUAAAAGGUGUAUUUUUCGAGCUAUGUUAGUUGUAUAUUAUCGUUAUACCGAACAAGAACAAUCCGUUCCAGUGUAAUACAUCUUUUAGUAUCUCAAGCACUGAAAAUCAUUUGCUUUAUCGUAAAGUUAGGAAGAAAACCAACUUGCGGAUUCAGUUAGGAUAUAGUAGGAAAGAAAUAAUACGCUAAUCCGGUAGGUAAAUCGAAAAAUAAUGAGUGGUUUAUGCGUAUGAAUGAUGAAUUUGAAUAAAACGAAAAAAACAAUUUCUUUUAAAUGUGA